AUGGAGACUAGACAUAGAAUUUGGUGGACACCUUGUGCGGCGCAUUGCAUUGAUCUAAUGUUGGAGGAUAUUGCAAAGUUGAAGAUUUUUUCUGACACAAUUGAGCAUGCUAAGAUGGUUGUGAAGUUCCUUUAUGGUCAUGAGACUAUACUUUCUUUAAUGAGAAAGUAUACAAACGGUAAAGAAAUUCUCCGUCCCGUUGUUACUCGCUUUGCUACUUCAUUUCUCACUCUUCAGAGUAUGUAUAAGGUUAAAAGGCCACUUGAACAAAUGUUUGCUUCCGAAGAUUGGGUUAGUUCACCACUAUCUCAAACAACUCAGGGGAAGGUCGUGAAGAGAAUUGUUAUUAACGAUCCCAACUUUUGGCCACAUGUUGCAUUUUGUGUUAAGAGUGUUGUUCCUCUUGUAAGUGUGUUAAGGGAAGUUGAUUCGGAGGAGAGAUCGGCCAUGGGAUAUAUUUAUGAACUUAUGGAUAAGGCAAAAGAGACAAUAAAAUUUAAUUGUGGGGGAGUUGACAGAAAAUACAAACCCAUUUGGAAAAAAAUUGAUUCACGAUGGACUCCACAACUUCAUCAUCCUCUACACGCGGCCGAGUACUAUUUGAAUCCGCAAUUGCGUUAUGAAGAAAGAUUUUCUUAUUGUGAUGAAGUUAGAGAUGGAUUGUAUACUUGCAUGGAUAGGAUGUUGUCUUCUGAUGAUCGUCUUAAAGCAGACAUCCAAUUGGACUUAUAUAAUAAAGCUGAAGGAGAAUUUGGAACUCCAAUAGCAAAACGAACAAGAAUGUUGCGAACUCCGGUGCUUCGGGAUGUGAAAGAAAUUGGAGCACUUUUGAAUCGGUGA